AUCCAAGUACCCGAGAUUACUAAGCCCCCUUUGUUUUAGGGUUUAUGCGCGCGCUGUGUCUCUGUGUAGAAGAGAAGACUCCACCUUCUCUCUCUGCAACUUGGUAUUUCAGCAGGAGCUUUACAUAAGCAUUGAUCUUUCCCUGUGGAUGUGUUCAAUUAUACAGUGGCACUUUGUAGAGAGUGUCACAGGUAGCUUUCAUGCAGCAUAGGGCCAUGUACUCAUCUAAGUUUAGGAUAUUGGUCUCCUCUCUUUUUGCUUAGUUUAAGUGGAGGGUCAAGAGCCAUGUAGCUCAACUGGAACUUCCUGGUGUUUCCAGCAAAGAUGUCAAGGGUUCAAAUCCCCUCUCACACAGAUUUUUCCUGCUCCAAAGGGUGAAAUAUUUACACCAACCACCAGGGUGUGGGCAGAUUUUAGUUGCUCUGUUCUGAAUGUAUCUACUAAAAUACCCAAAUAUUUUUCAGAAUUUCAAAAUUACCCUUAGGCUUUCCUUUCUUUCAUUCUCCUCUUUCUACCCUAUGUCACAUUUCGCACAGCACACUCUCACAGCCACUACCCAGCCCUUUCUCACUCUGCCCACCCCUCUCUCAAAGUCAAAGCCAAAGAGAGCACCCAACUUCUUAGAGGCCUGUUCCUUCUGUGCUUUUCACUGUUUGUCAGUCUGCCAAAGAUUUGUGAAGGAUUUAAAACAGGAUGUCAACGGAGCAAAAAGGAGAAGAUGAUCAGCAGGUCGCAAGUACCACAGCUGUUGGCUUGAGAGGAAUGGUAGAAGAACAAUAUCGCAAAAUCAAGGAGAAUGCAGAAACUUACCCUUAUGUGUGGGGUUCCUAUAUUGUUGUUUAUGGUGGUUUUGCUCUCUGGGGUGCCUACAGAUGGAGAAAGCUUCGUAGGACUGAGGAUAGAGUACGAGUGCUUCAAGAGAGACUACGCAAGCUUGUGGAAACGGAAGAGUCAGCAAGCACUGUGAAAUCAGUUGAGAAGGCUCCACCAGCUCCUGAUAAAACCUCCAAAUAGUUAGCUUAUAUGGCUCUACCAGAUUCUUUUACCCAUCAAAAUUGCUUGAUUUUGGAAACAGAUUGGUUGGGCUUACUAAAGUUUGGUGAGAAUUGGAGAAACCUCAAAUGCAAAAUAGUUUCCAAUAGCAUGCAUAAAUUCAAUUUUGAUAUUUUUCA